UGAAGUCAUCCCUUGUCUUGUUUCUCCUGCUUUGUAGCAUGGUUUGGUGUCAGAGAAGAGUAUAUAUCUACAUCCAUGAGCAAAUGACCUGGUUUUCAGCUCAGAGCUACUGCAGGGAAAACUACGUGGAUUUGGCAACCAUCAGUUCUGACGAGGAGAACCAGAGACUGGUUUUGAACGCAUCUUCAUUAAGUUUUGAAGGUUGGAUCGGGCUGAACAAGACUUCACCCAACGGAACUGUCUGGCAAUGGUCUGAUGGAGAAACACCUAAUUACUUCAUGUGGAAGAAGAACCAGCCUGAUAACUGGAAUCAUGAGGAGGACUGUGUUAUGACUGUCUUAGGUGGCUGGAACGAUGUGAAAUGUGUCACUCAUUGGCCAUUCUUUUGCUACUGGAGAUUUGUUUUGGUGAGGGAGAACAUGACAUGGCCGGACGCUCUUGAUUACUGCAGAACUCACUAUACCGGCUUGGCUAGCCCCAUCUCUGAUAAUCAACUUUCCCUGGCUAGAACUGCAACAACUGGAACCCAAACCGUCAGCAUCUGGACUGGCCUGAGAUUCGUGAACGGACGGUGGGUCUCUGUGAGCAGUACGCCGUUGGGAAGCCUGGUCUUGCUGCCCUUGUGCCCAGUGCAACGCUACCGAUGUGGAGCUUGCAACACUAACACAAAUCUCUAUGAGAACAGAGACUGUCAUGAGAAGCUAAAUUUCCUCUGCUACUGACGGUGGCAGGUGGAAUGGCCUCCUUCAAGAAGAACACAUGGCCGAGGCUGUGAAAUAAUGUUAGAUGUGUAGCAUAAAAUAAUUUUCCUAUUUCAGUAGCUUUAAAGUAAAAUGAGGGAAACAGGAUUUAAUAAUGAUCUUCUUAGAUACUUGUACAAACACCUUUGUGCACAUCUCCAGCCGAAAACAUUAGAGUGAAAUUCUUUUCCUUUUAAAUUGUUGGUUUCAGUGUUGGUGAUGUUUUGAAUGGUAUUGACAACCAAAUGCUAAGGUGCUGAAACCUGACCGCGACUUCAACAAUACUCUGACACACCAAGCUUAUAUCCUUUCUAUUUUACACUUGUCUCAUGAGUAAAACUCACUCGUGUGUGUUUGUAGUUGUGUGAGAACGACUUAAUUUCAACACAAACAUUAAUUCUAUUAUACACGC